ACGGUGGGCAGGCUCCAUAGUGUGGGCACCACCAGCCUGUAGGAAUAAGUAAACGCAGCAAUCUGUGGCCAGCAACAACAACCCAAAAAACGACAAAUGGCGUCGUUGGAUAACUUUGUAAGAUUACCCAAUGGUGUCCGUAUGCCGAUUUUCGGCUUGGGUACUUCCCAUGGCGGAGGAUACGACCAAGAAUCCGUUAUUUUUGCUCUGCGUGAAUGCAACUAUCGAUUGAUUGAUACCGCACGACGCUACGGCUGCGAACAUCUAAUCGGGAAAGCCAUCAAGGAGAGCGGAGUUCAGCGGGAAUCCGUGUUCAUAGCGACGAAAAUGUGGCCGACAGACUACGGAACAGAAUCGGCAAUUCGAGCGGCUAAAUCUAGUCUAACAAGGCUAGACACCGAUUACUUGGAUCUCUACAUGAUGCACUGGCCGCUUUGUCCCAGCUCAGUGGAUAACGUCCGGUCCACUUUGGAUAAUGCCUGGCGAGGCAUGGAGAGACUGCUGGAUGAGGGCACGUGCCGAUCCAUCGGUGUCAGUAACUUCUCCAUUCAAGACCUCAUCGAUUUGAUGGAAAGCUGCAGCGUCGUGCCGCACGUAAAUCAGUGCGAGUUCCACCCCUAUCAGAAUCCGAAAGAACUGAGGGCGUUCUGCAGAGAAAAUAACAUAGAAUUCCAGGGCUAUUGUCCACUAGCCAACGGGAUGAUAUUGAAGGAGCCUCCCGUGGAAAAAGUAGCCCAGUCAUCUGGCAGAUCUCCCGCGCAGGUCCUAAUCCGGUGGUCCAUUCAAAACGGAGUAGUCACCAUACCAAAGUCCAUAAAAAAGGAAAGAAUUAAAGAAAAUUGUCAGGUCUUUGACUUUGAAUUGAGUCCAGAAGAAAUGGCAGAACUGGAUACCAUCCCAAUGAGUUUGAGGGCUGUGGAUCCUGCUGAACUUCAAGGAAAAAUUGACGACAACAAACCUGACGGAUACAAAUUGCCUGCACACCUUCAGUAUGUGCCUGUGUGAAGUUCCCUCUUCCAUAGAACUUUUACUAUUCAACAUUUGAAAUUGGAAAAUUUUUGUAUUGAUUGACACUUAUCACGAGAGAAUCAGAAUCCAGCUUGUCGAUCUACAAA